GGCGUACGUUAGCAAGUAGCGUUUUAUUUCCCGGCAAUCUGAUAUUCUUCCCGUGAAAACACCAUCUUCUCUCACUCUGCAGCUCCCCACAUCACUAGCAGCGCCACCGCCAGACCUUCCCCUCUCCAUCCGCCAAAUCCCAGCCAUUGAAAAUACCUCACUAGACGCGGAUCCCCGCGCAAGAUGAUGCCUAUAAAAACCCCUCCGUCAUCCUCAUUCUCUUCUCUCCGCUGCUCUCUCCUCGCUCUCGCCUCUCUAACCUUAGUCUCCUUCACCUUCCUCUCACUCAAAUCCCUCCAUUCCCCUCCCUCAUACCUCUCCCCAAAUCCCCAUCAGGUCGUUGCAGAUCGAGAUCGUGAAGAAGAUGGAGAUUCCGGAGCUUUCUCCUCUGUUUACCACACGCCGGAGAUUUUCUGGAAGAAUUAUGAAGAAAUGGAGAGGAAUUUUAAGGUCUUUAUAUAUCCGGAUGGAGAUCCGAAGACGUUUUACCAGACGCCAAGGAAGCUGACUGGGAAGUACGCGAGUGAAGGUUAUUUUUUCCAGAACAUUCGGGAGAGCAGGUUCCGGACGGAGGAUCCAGAUCAGGCACAUCUCUUCUUUAUACCGAUCUCUUGUCAUAAGAUGAGAGGGAAGGGCACUUCUUAUGAGAAUAUGACAAUAAUUGUCCAAAAUUAUGUUGAUGGAUUGAUAACCAAGUACCCCUAUUGGAAUAGGACACUUGGUACAGAUCACUUCUUUGUCACCUGUCAUGAUGUUGGUGUGAGGGCUACUGAAGGACUUCCACUUCUCGUUAAGAAUUCCAUUCGAGUCGUAUGUUCGCCAAGCUAUGAUGUUGGAUUCAUCCCACACAAGGAUGUAGCUCUUCCUCAAGUACUUCAGCCAUUUGCUCUACGAGCUGGAGGCAAUGACAUAGAAAACAGGACAGUACUUGGUUUCUGGGCUGGACAUCGCAAUUCCAAGAUAAGAGUUAUCCUGGCGCGUGUAUGGGAGAAUGACACGGAACUUGCUAUCAGCAACAAUCGCAUAAGUAGGGCUAUUGGAGAACUGGUCUACCAAAAGCAAUUUUAUAGGACCAAGUUUUGCAUAUGCCCUGGUGGUUCCCAGGUCAACAGUGCUCGCAUUGCAGACUCUAUACAUUAUGGAUGUAUUCCAGUAAUCUUGUCUGAUUACUAUGACUUGCCAUUCAACGACAUCCUUGAUUGGCGGAAGUUUUCUGUCAUACUCACGGAGAACGAUGUCUACCGACUCAAGUCUAUUCUCAAGGCCAUAUCAGAUGAAGAAUUCGUUUCAUUGCACAAGGGAUUGGUUGAGAUUCAGAAACAUUUCGAGUGGCAUUCGCCUCCGGUUAGAUUCGAUGCAUUCCACAUGGUUAUGUACGAGCUAUGGUUACGCCACCAUGUCAUCAAAUACUAAAAUCUCAGCUGUUUUUAUACACUGUUUGGUGAGAGAAGCAACAAAGGUUCUACUAUUCUUCGGCCUUCACUGCAGAGAAACUUGUUGAAUACAUACACUUUCAUUCCUUUCUCCCUUUCCAUUCUAUAUUCUUUUUUUCUUUUUAAAGUAAAAGUGGGUCUUUUGAUACAAGUAGUUGUAAGUCGUAACUUGCUAAAAAAAAAUCUUCUUGCCUAAGAAGAUUGUUUCCGAGCUAAGAUAUGUGAAUCUGUUUGUUGCCAUGUGGCAGUUGGCAUCACAUGCCAAGCAGCGGAAGACCUCCAGUGUGGCAGAAUUGGCACCCACUGUUAGGGAAUUGGACUCACCUUUAUAGCUUGUACUACAACAAAGAGUUGGGAGGCUUUUGGAUUUAUUCAUCUUCACAUUGGGACUGCUGUCGAAGCUUAGUAUCUUUGGGUUUUGCAUAUAGGUACGGAAUGCUGUGCUUCGAAGGCCAGAUAUAACCAACAUGGGGCAGCUACCUAGACAGUCGAAAUGGUCUCAAGGGGAUGUAGAGGGAAAGCAGAGGUUAUAACCAGUUUCUCCUAUUAUUUUGGUUCUCGAUAGCGUGGCAUUAGGCCUGUUGCCUGAUGCUAUCGUUAUGGUUCGUUUGGAACAUUUGAAAACUCACUUGAGAAAUGAGAUUCCUGUUUCCAGUUUUUAAAUCAGGAAAUGGAUUGUGUUUGGGCGUGUGGAUUAGAUUGUC